AUGGCAUCCGACAACGCUCUGGAUAACCCCGACUCCUACACAGUCGCCUGGAUCGCUGCUCUUCCCAUCGAGCGGGCCGCUGCGGAAGCGAUGCUCGAUGAGGAACAUGAAGCUCCAACUGGUUUCACUAGACACCAAACUGACACGAACGUUUAUACUUGGGGUCGUGUGGGUCAGCACAACAUCGUCAUUGUCUCUCUUGCCGCUGGAGACUAUGGAACCACUUCGGCUGCGACCACGGCUUCGAGCCUGCUCGCCUCUCUGCCAUCCAUCCGUGUUGGCCUUUUUGUCGGCAUAGGCGGCGGCAUCGCUCGACCGGAUAAAGACCGCGAUAUCCGGCUUGGUGACAUUGUCGUGAGCCGGCCCGAUGGGACAUCAGGCGGCGUCUGCCAGUACGACUUGAUCAAAGCAAAGUCUGGUGACAAACGUGAGCGCAAGGGCUUCCUCGGGCGGCCUCCGACGGUGCUCCUAAAUGCACUUGCCAAAAUCCGGGUCGUUCACGAGCUGGAAGACUCCAUGGUUCCCAGCUUCCUCCAAGAGGUGCUGCAUAAGCGCCCGAAGAUGGGCAAGAGAUCCAAGCAAAAUCCUGGCUAUGCUCACCAGGGCCUCGACAAUGACCGCCUAUUCAAAGCUUCAUGCGACCAUGUCCCCGGGCCGGACUGCCGGGGCUGUGAUACGGCAGGCGAGGUUCAACGUGAUCCUCGUGAUGCUACUGACCCCAAGAUCCACUACGGGAUCAUCGCAUCAGGCAACACGCUUGUCAAAGACGCCGCUGCACGCGAUCGGAUUGUUGCUGACAUCGGCGAGGAUUGCAUCUGCUUUGAGAUGGAAGCGGCCGGCCUGAUGAAUCACUUUCCCUGCCUUGUGAUCCGAGGGAUCUGCGACUACGCCGAUUCCCACAAGAACGAUCGAUGGCAACGCUACGCCUCGGCCACCGCCGCUGCGUAUGCCAAGGAGCUCCUGGCGUACGUGCCGGCUGCGGAGGUCCAGAAGACCAAGAGGGCACUGGAAGUGCUUCAGUCAGUUCAGCAACAGAUCGACGGCUUGCAGCAGACGACAGUUGCAACGAAAGAUGCAACUAAUUCCAUGAGGUCUGACCUUCGUACCGAUAAAAUCAAGCGCUGGCUUUGUCCCCCAGAUCCAUCUACAAACGCCAACAACGCAAGGAAGCUCCGCCAUGAGGGAACAGGCGCGUGGCUCCUUGGAAACCCAGUCUUUCGGGGGUGGUGCUCGGGGUCGCGUCGACAUUUAUGGCUAAAUGGGUUCGCAGGAUGUGGAAAGACGGUUCUCAGCACGACUGUGCUGGAUCAUCUCAUGAAGGGAAACGACCGUCUUAUCCUUAGCUUCUUCUUUGACUUUAGCGACAACACCAAGAAGACCUUGGAUGGCAUGCUGCGGUCGCUUGCUUCCCAACUUUACCAAGGCGGGGCUGGUUCUGCAGGUCUUCUUGACGCCUCACUCCAGGCACAUCAGGAUGGCCGCGACCAACCUGCUACAAAGACCCUCGAGGACAUUGUUUGCAAGAUGCUUGCAGCCCAGAAGAAAGCCUCUAUUAUUCUGGACGCCCUGGACGAGUCAACAACAAGGCGUAAACUUCUCCUGUGGAUAAAGGACAUAGUGUCCAGGCCACAGUUGAGCGAUAUCCAGCUGAUUUGUACCGCUCGGCCUGAAACCGAGUUUAUUCGAGAAAUUCCUUUGCUUAUUGGCGAGGAAAACUGCUUAACCCUCGACAAGGAGUCUGUCAAUGCUGACAUCCGAUCAUACGUCGCAGCACAGCUUUCACAACGACCUGAUUUUCGGAAUAAAUCCUUGUCCCCGGAUCUCCUGGAGAAAAUCCGAAUCAAGGUUGGCGACGGAGCCGACGGGAUGUUCAGGUGGGCGUCCUGUCAAUUGGAGAGCCUGGCUCAAUGUCAGAGCCCGGCGGAUAUUGAGAAAGAUCUCGCAUCUUUGCCGCUGAAUUUAAAAGGGACAUACCAACGCAUGAUUGAGAGCAUACCGACGGAGCUCAAGAAUGACGCGAUACGGCUCCUGCAGUUUCUAGUGCACUUGAAGCGACCUCUUAAACUGGCCGAGGCUAGAGAAGUAAUGGCAACGCAGAUCGCAGAGGAGACUAACCUUGAUUCCGAUGAUUUCGAGACUAUAGUAGGGCUUCUUGGCUCCCUUUUGACAACCCGAGAUGGCAUCAUCAAUUUUGUGCACUGGUCGGUGAAGGAGUUUUUGCUCAAGGAAUAUCAGAUCUUUCCUUCUGAUAUGAAAGAGAUGCAACAAUCGAGUAGAAAGGUCAAAUGGAGCGAACCGUCAGUCGAAAAUGCUAAUAGCAUAGAUCGAACCGAGGCAGCAACUGAAUGGCAGACCUACGACUAUCCACCCUCGAUGACAGAAGUAACAGCCACAAGAAGCUCUGGGUUAUCCCGGGACUUUUGGUCAUCGGCAUAUGCACAGGAUACAGCCAUCGCUUCGACGACGCAUACGUCGGUGGAUGCGGUAGGCAAGGGGAAGGAGCCGGUCUUGGCCGAUACUGAAUCGGUCUAUACCUCCGAUAUUCCUGAAUCUCUGGCAUAUGUGCAGGAGCUAGCGACCAGCUUCUUCAAGGAAUCUGAACUCCCAGACACCGAGUCACUGGACAGGGUAUUCGCCAUUCUUCCUGUCUUGCUCCGAGGAUUCGCCUUGAGGCUCGGCGGAGAGAAACAGGUCUCGGAUCACUUCGAGAUUAUGAAAUUCAUUCACAAGAAACGAAGGGACAUUGCCACGUGCUUUGAAGAGUACUAUUUGAGGGAUAAAGACGACGUUGGAUCGUCACAACAGCGAACUCUGAAUGACAUGUCUUUGGGUGAGAGGCUUGAUAGGUGGCAGGUGGACCCAGCAAUGGACGAUCCAAAUUCCGCAAAACCACCGUCAAUGCCUGACGCGCCGUUCCUGGACGAUGAAAUCAAGCUUAAUGAUGACGAUGAUGGAAAUGAAGGCAAUACGAAUGAUGGUUUUCCGUCGACGUAUCGGAGUAUCGUAAACAGCUCCACUGCGUUUCGCUGGCUCCUCUGUCGCGUACAUCGAGAGACCAUUCUCACAUCGUCCGAGGCCGGUACGAUGCAGGCCAUUGCCACACAAAUCCGCCAGAUAUUGUAUGCUCGACGGGAAAACUGCCUGAUCAGCAGCAAGAGAGGGCCUCCAAUGUGCUCGAUGGUAUUCCAGUCCGAUUGGGAUCCCCUGGCCUUUGUCUGUAAGCAAGAAUACGCCGAGGAAGCAGAAGACGCGGUAGAGGGAGCAAUUGUAAUUGUCCAGGGGGUGAAUAGAGACGCAGAAGCCAUGCCAUGCUCGGAAUACCUGAGCCGCACAUGGCCACUAUUCGGAGAAGACUUCAUGAGAUUGGUGAAACACGUAGUGCGAAGCAUACGAGGCUUGCGGUGUUCGGUGACUCUGUUUGACAAGACGAAACUUACAGCGUGGAUCGAGCCCUCGGGACACUUUUUUUUGGAGGCAACAGGGGUGGCAGAAACUAUCGUCGAAGUUGGAGAAGUGUAUGGAUGGAUGAUUGCAGCCCUUCGGUCAGGUCCGGGUGAUGCAGUCACGUCCGUUAUCCCCGCCCUUGAAUCAGACGCCAACAACUUUGAGCCAACAUUCCGUGUCAAUUUUCGGCUGCAGUUUUCUCACAGUCCUUUGCGUGUCGCAGGUCAGUGCUGGCAAGACCUGUUCAGAAACCCUGCGGUCGUUCUCGGCUACCCUGUAAGACGCCGUCAGCCGGGACAGGAGCCCGGGCUCGAGUCCUCGCUCUACACACUGGCAGCGCUAGUCGGAACGCGACGCAUCGCGGUAUUCUGCGGGAAGAUCUUCCUUAAAGGAUUCUGCACGAUGUUGGUUCCAACAAAAUAUACCGGAGAUACGGUGCACUGGCACGUCUUAUUCAAUGAAGAUGGGUGCCGGAUUCCCUUCACGGAUUUCCGCGUCCGCGAUGUCGUUGGAGAGUUCGACAUCAGCGAACACUUGAUGCUUUCUGGUAUCGAAACUGCGCGUCAUGUUGUUGGCUGGUGCGAAAAGGUGCGGAACUACGCAGGCUCAAAGGAAGCAAAUUACGACAUUGAUAAAUCUGGACUAAGAUGGCCCGAUUCUGGAUUCGCUUUCGAUCGUAUCUCCAUAUCCGCUGGGAAGAUCGUCACUGUUGGCGCCUCGGUGGCGCUUGGCAAGAAGGACAAGCCAGCCCGAGCGGCGAAAAGUUCCGACUACCACAAACAGCUCGAGUGGAUCGAUCAGCGGUUCGUCGUGCUCUUUGAUCCAAAAGACCGCCGUGCCUGGCUCAUCGACGGACUGAGUGCCCUGCUACAUUUCGUCAGGGCGUCUCUAGUCCAUCGCAGAAGACUUGGUCGCGAAGUUCUCUUUGGUGAAGGCGACGUCAAAGAAUCCGACACGCCGCAUACAGGAAAGGCUGCAGCGAAUGAAGUGCUCCGGAAUAGGGCCAAUAUGGACCUCAAGAUAUACGAGAAGUGGAACAGGCUUGUAGAAGAGACAAGCAAAAUGGGAGAAAGGCCCUCAGAAACGACCCAGAAGACGCAGAAGACCUGGGAACAGCUCCCGGAUUUGGUCGGAGACAUUUACACCACUUUGAGCAUGAUUGUCGACAUUCAAACGGAUGUACGCACGGCGGACGGGUUUGGAGCUAAAGUUCGAAUAUCGCCCAGACGACGUCUCGAAGGGUGGGAUUUCCAGCAACUGGCGACUGGAGCUGACCCGUUGUGGCCCAGAGCGACAAUGCUUCAUCAUACCGGAUUGGGAUGGGUUGAUUUGGUAAGAGGUAUCAAUGCCAUCACCUUCUUUGGUGUGGGCUUUGGAGAGAUACUUCAACCUAUCGCGGUCACCAGAGGAGGCAUUAUUUGUGGCGAGGGCGAUGCCGCCGUACCGGGUUCGGCGGGGGAUCCUCGAGGAGAGGCAACUUUAUGCGCGAAAUGGGCCCGAUUACCACGGGGCGAGGACCUCCUCGCGACCACCACCCCGGUCAUCCGGGACAUAAUGGAGAAUUUGUACAGAGACACCGACUACAAUGGGCGCUUCUGGGAAUUGUUUGAGAGCAUAUACUGGCACAACCCAGACAAGAUUUUUGAGAAUUGUGCCUGUGCCGCCGAGAAGACUCAAUGCGAUCGAGUGCAGGUUCUUUUGCCGACACAGUUCCCCAGUCUCUUUGCCCGGAGUUUCCGCAGCCCGCCCAAACCACUUCCCAACCACGGGGCCGUCAUCUUCGGACACAGUGUAAAGUUUCCACUGAUCUGGAAGUCGGAAGCCGGAUCAGUUCCCUCCGAAGGGCAACCGCCAAAGCCUCAGUUGGCGUCCUCGUCGUCCCACCAGAGUGACAGCGGCCUUGGAACGAGUGUUGCAUCGUCGGAUCAAGGGAACUCGUCUAGCCAAGCUCCAAACCAGCGACCGUCUGGCAACGGAUCGACACACGGAGAACCUUCGAGUCUGGCGCCAAGCACCGUGUCAGCCGACACCAGAUCACAUGCAGGCAAGGGCAGCAGAAACGUGUUGGGGCGCCUCCUUAGACAGAUUAGGUCCGGCACCAAACCAAGUGAACACUCUGCGGGAUCCGGUAGCCAAAGCGGAAGUCAGUCGCAGUGGUGA